CAAUUGAGCAGGGCACCAAGGUGGACAGACAGCAUCCCUUACCAAUGAGUCUGCUUGAAUGCUAACAUGGAGGGCCAAAAUGAGGUCCAUACACCUACUACGUCUGCCACAAUCAUUAAAGCUGGUGAUCCCCUAGUCUUAUGGAAACAGAAUUUUGAGCAAUGGCCAGAAUAGCAUGAAUCUAAUCUUAUAUCAUGACAUACAUCAAAAGAAGUUGGCAAUGUAUUGGAGCACAGGGAUGGACAAGAAAUCUUAGCAGUCAACCAUGGAACUGGACAUUUCAUUUGGUUUAUUUGACGUGUGGCCAGGCUGCCUCAAACGGAGAUGCGUUCACAAUGCAAAAGAGUAUUCCCCUUGCAGUCUUCCACCUUCUAUAUAUACUUCAUCCCAUCAUUCUUGUUUGUGACUGUGACCUGGAUAUUAUUGCUAUUCUGUUAAUUCAAUGCUGGUGCUUCGUUAGAAUCACUUGCUAAAGGUGCAGUGAGAUUCUCUCGUAGAUUCACUAUUCGAGAACUGCAGGAUAGGUGGCACUCUCUUCUCUAUGAUCCAGAUGUUUCAGUAGAAGCUUCUGAUCGCAUGGUUGAGAUUGAAUGUUCCGCUUCCAAUCUUUCAUCUAAACCUAACAGACCUGGCAAUUCUAAAGGUAAUGGAUGUGCUUCGGGGAAGAGAAAUAUUGGAAGUGUUCGUAGCCAUUACUAUGCCAUGCGGAAGAGAAUUUGUAGGGAACCUCUUAACUCUUUUGAUCUAAGUUUUCUGGUUGCACCUGGUGGUUUUAACUGCACCGGUAAUGAAGGUGGGUUGCAAGAGCAUUUAACACAUCAUAGUGAGCCUGAAAGUCAAAAUUGCAUUUUUGGAGAUCCUAUCUCAAAUCAUUUUGGACUGCAGGAAUCAGAGUUGGAUAUUGUGCGUCAUGCUUUUCCAGAAAUUGUGGGGGAUGAUACAACUGUUGGUGGCAUUGAUGGUCCAGUCCAUGAAUUUCAUACUGGACACCUAGACUCAUUUGAAGAUGGUCUUCCACAUGGAAUGAUUGGUAGGGAUUGCUUAUAUGGAUUUACAGACAAUGUUUCCCCUGUGUCAGCCAGAGAAGCAAGGCAAACUGGCAGUGAGCAUUCAUUUGAGCAUGAUGAUGUACAUAAAGAUCUUCCUCUUCAACAGAACUUGCCUGUCUUUGGGAAUUGUGCUGGUGCUCAAGAAAUGAGGCCCCAAUGUGGAGUGCCUGUGAGCGACCUAUUUGAGACAGAUGAUCUAGAGGCAAAACCAUUGUCUUCCUUUGAUUCGAUUAAUACCAACCCUGGGAAUGUUUGCUCUGGAUUUGGAGGAAGUCAAGGCUUCAAUUCCCCAGUUUCAGACUGUGGUGCUGCAUUUCACCAGUUAGGAUAUUCAUCUCCACUAGCGGGGAUGCCCUCCUGGGGACCAAUUGAUGGCAUUUCUACAUCAGCAAUGCAAAUCGAGACAAACCUUGGAGACAAUGGUCAAGUCCUAGGAGAUGCAUUAGCAUGCGGUGGUGAUGGUGGUGCUGAGAAAAUAGGUUCAUCCAGUUGUAAAAUUGUCCACUCAGAAUCCAAGUUAAAAGAAGGAAUAUCUGCUGAUGGAUUAGCCAAUUCCACUGCUAUGCCAGAGGGUGAUUUCAUGGAUCUUUCCAGUUCUCUUUUGAACUUUUCAGAUGAUGAUGAGCUUCUCUUCAUGGAUGUAGAUGUAGAUGUAGAUGUAGAUGGAGAUGUGAAUGACAUGAUGGGUAGAUCUUGUCUUCAUGGUCUCAACUCGAUUUUGUUAAGUUCUCCAAGUGAAGCUCAUCAAGAUGAUAUUCCUGUUGCUCCUUCUGAGUCUAAAAUAUCAGAACCACAAGAUGCAUGCUUGGUGGUAGCUCCAAGUGAAGCUCAUCAAGAUGAAAUUCCUGGUGCUCCUGAUGAGUCUAUAGCAUCAGAAGCACAAGAUGCAUGCUUGGUGGUAGCUAAUGAUCCAUGUACUGAAGAAUACGAUGAAAUUAGUUACCAAUCACUUUUUGGUCAGGAGGAUGGGGAUUGUGAUGGAGAGAGCAAUAUCUUGGGGAUGUCUACAUCAGCAACAAAUCCUCAUUCCCCUGAACGUAUUAAUGGGGUUAUUUGCUGCAUUUUGAACGCAGAGGACCCUGAAAUCCCAGACAAUGAUCACAUAUUUCCAUCCACUGAAACACUUGCAUCAUUCACAUCCCCCAUAACACAACAUGGUUCUGGGGAGUCUCGUAGCACAGAAGCCUCAUUUCCCCUGGACGUUCAUGAUGCUCAAAAGGUUAGUGAACAAGGAUCCAACUUGGUGAAGGGAGAAGAAGAGGCCCCUGCACAGAGACUUUUGGCUCCCAGGAUGAUAAGAUCACAAGCACUAGCAGAAAUGGGUCCAAACCACGCUCUUGAUGGUUGUAGGGUCAAAUCUGAGUUGCGUGAGAUUGACUCCCCUGAUGUGGUAUCCGAUCACACAAUUGCUGCCAGUGGGGUAACUCCGAACUUUGUUCUAGAUGGAUCACUGAAGGACUCAGCUGUAAAAGGUGAAAUGGGGAAAAAACAUGAUUUUACUAGUUCUGUUGAUCCUUUAUUGGAAAAGACAGGUCAUGGUUCUGAUCAUGUAGAAAGUUGUCCACAAAACAUUCUUGGUUAUUGUAAUCAGGAAGCAGAUGUGACAGCCACAAUUAAUAAAAAUUUGCCAUCACAUGCAGUCCCAGGUUCCACAGAAAUGGCCUUCCCAGAACCUGAAUUAAACCCUCCAACUUCAGAUCAUGAAGAGCAACUUUCUGGAAGUGAUGGUGAUGUACCUUAUUUUUCUGAUGUCGAAGCAAUGAUACUUGAUAUGGACUUGGGUCUGGAUGAUCAAGAUUCAUAUUUCAGUAGGGAAGCAUUAAGAUAUCAAAAUAAGGAUACUAAGAGGGCAAUCCUUAGGUUGGAGCAGGUGGUCCAGUCUUAUAUGCAAAGAGCUAUGGCUUCUCAUGGAGCAUUUGCCAUUUUCUAUGGCCGCCAUUUGAAGCAUUAUAUUAAGAAAUCCGAGGUAAUACUUGGGAGAGCUACAAGUGAUGUGAAUGUUGACAUUGACCUAGGAAGAGAAGGGCGUGCUAAUAAAAUAUCUCGGCGGCAGGCAAUGAUAAAGAUGGAUGAAGAUGGAUCCUUCUACCUGAAAAAUCUUGGGAAGUGUCCAAUUUUUGUCAAUAGCAAGGAGGUAGCAAUUGGGCAGCGUCUGAGUCUUAAUUCGUGUUGUUUGAUUGAGAUACGAGGCAUGAGAUUCAUGUUUGAAAAGUUUUAGUAUUCUUCAAGGUAGUAAAUAAUCAAUAUUUCAAGCAAGAAGAGCCAAGAAAGAUGAGAAGAAAUAAUGAAUGUUCGCUUCAGGGGUUUAUGUAUGCUUGGAAUAGUUUCUGUUAUUCUGCUCUACUACCUGGGUGGUUGCAUGAAUCUUUCAUUUUGGGGUUUUUUUUUUCU